AUGGGAAUCGCAAAUAACGGCCGUUGCAACAAUUAUAACAGUGACGGCGAAGAGAAUAACGAUAGUGGAUUUUUGAACCCGGACGCAGCCAGGUUGCUGGCCCGGCUGAUUUCUCUGCGGGAGUUUCAGCUGUUGUCCCAGGUCGAGGAGUUGGGGACAGCGCCCCUGAACUCCCUGGACUGGCAGGCUAUGCCUGGAGUUGCCCGGGAGUACCAGUCGUCGGCCGCUGGGGAUUUGAAGAAGGUGGACGCGGUUGACGGGUUCGACGUGAUGGCGUCAGCCAGUGAGGAUGACCCGACCAUUGUGUUUCAAGAGCGGCGGUCUGAUCCUGAGAGAGGCGGGCCGGACGAAUUUGAUGACCUACCCUUCCUCUGA